GACCCCUGCAUUUUUCUUAGUGUCAGUGUGGCCUCAUCUCAGCCCAAAUCUUACAAAGGCCUCCCUAUAUUUUUAUUUUUAUUUCUGUUUCUAUUUCAGCCCAAAUUGUCUAAUCAUUACCUUUCUUCUUCCAAGCCGCCUUCACCUUCAGGAUGCAACUGCUCACACUCACAGCACUCAGUUGACUUUUUCAAUUUCUAAUUGCUACACAAUUUGUGAAAGCCAUUCUUACUUCAUUCAUUAUUUGCAUGUAUGCAAGUAAAAACUAGUCGUCAAUGUUUCCGCCGGCAAAGAUCCUUGUCCUUGUUGUUUCACUAUUACUGCUCCUUCAAUUCCAUCAUCAUACUUGCACUGCUACAAAUAACAGCUGCAUUUCUUCCUGCGCCAAUGUCUCUAUUGCCUACCCUUUCCGACUUAAAACCCAUCCGAAACACUGCGGCCACAAAGAUCUUCAACUUGUUUGCCAGAACAACCUUCUCCACCUCUACUUAUUCAAUGUCCACUACUUUGUGCAGGCUAUUAAUUACAACAACGCCACCAUCCGAUUGGUGGAAGCCGACUUCCAGAGAGAUAACUGUUCCUCCCUUCCUCGUCACUCUGUAUCCCGAGGAGAACCUUUUCAUUCUUUACAAACUAACUAUCCCUAUUCACUUUUUGAUGUAUUUGAUUAUCGCACCUUACUUUUCAUCACCUGUGCAAAUCCACUCCCUAAUUCUCCACUCUAUAUACAUGCUUCACCUUGUAUCUAUACCCAAUUCAAACAAACAGGCUCUGCACCUUAUUCUUACGUCAGAAUUGGUGCUCCUCCUGUCUUGGAUUUUCCUGAUUCCUGCCAUAUUGACCUCGUAUAUCCCAUUUCCUUGCCCCUAAACAACAGCAACAGCAACCUUACCUAUUUAGAUGUCUAUCAUAGUCUGGCUUAUGGGUUUGAGCUCUCAUGGCUUUCGGCUUGCUGUCAGAUUUCCCCAGAUCACCAGUGCCAGCUUCGAGAUGUUUGGUCUUCAUGUGCUGUUGGCUUUCCGGUUGCAGAGCUGGGCAACAUACGCGAAUUUGCUAGUUCUAUGCAAUCUAUGCUUUCUAUUUUUCUCGAUGCCCUCCCAAUUUUUCCAAGUGGAUUCGUACAAUUUGUCCUUGGUGGUAAACUGAUUCACUCUGAGCCAUGGGUUUUGCGGAUUUAUGUAUUGGCUAUCCUGCGUUAUUGCUUCUCUGUCAUUGUAUUACUCCGUGCAAUAUUAUUCUUUAUCGGGUUUCCAGUUAUAAUCAUCUUCUUGAUCUAUAAAUGGAGAAGAAGACAUUUAUCAAUGUAUUAUUCAAUUGAAGAGUUCCUACAAAGCCAUGCUAAUCUCAUGCCAGUUAGGUACUCUUAUUCAGAUCUUAAGAAAAUAACUACAAAUUUCAAGUACAAAUUAGGUGAAGGAGGUUAUGGUUGCGUAUAUAGAGGAAAACUCCGUAGUGGCCGUCUUGUGGCAGUAAAGAUUUUGGGUAAAUCCAAAGCGGAUGGACAAGAAUUUAUCAAUGAAGUAGCAACUAUUGGUAGAAUUCAUCAUGUUAAUGUAGUUCAGCUGAUUGGAUUUUGUGUUGAGGGAUUGAAACAAGCUCUCAUAUAUGAACUUAUGCCUAAUGGAUCCCUUGAUAAGCACAUAUUUUACAAAGAAGGCAGCAUCCCCAUUAGUGUUGAGAAAAUGUAUGAUAUUUCUCUUGGAAUAGCUCGAGGUAUUGAAUAUCUUCAUCGAGGUUGUCAUAUGCAAAUUCUGCAUUUUGAUAUAAAGCCGCACAAUGUUCUUUUGGAUGAGAAAUUCACUCCAAAAGUCGCAGAUUUUGGACUUGCAAAAUUACACUCCAAAGGCAAUAGCAUUGUAUCUCUUACUGCAGCAAAGGGAACAUUAGGGUACAUGGCUCCAGAAUUGUUCUACAAACAUAUUGGAGGUGUUUCUCACAAAGCUGAUGUGUAUAGUUAUGGAAUGUUAUUGAUGGAGAUGGCAGCAAGAAGAAGGAAUUUCAAUGACUUCACAGAAAAUUCAAGUCAAGUUUUCUUUCCUUUAUGGAUACACCACCAAUACAGUGAAGGAAAUGAAAUAGAAAUGGAAGAUGCUACAGAGGAGGAAAGGAAAACUACAAAAAAGAUGUUUAUAGUAGCACUGUGGUGUAUACAAUUGAAGCCUGACAACCGUCCUUCAAUGCAUCAAGUGAUAGAUAUGCUUGAAGAAGAUGUUCAGAGCUUACAAAUGCCUCCAAAGCCUUCCCUCUGGGCAGGAGAGGAUGAUGCUCUUUGCGCCACCAACUCUACAGGUUCAACAAGUUUACAAAGUGGCAGUUUGAAUUCUUUCAGUUUGACCAUAGAUGCAGAUUAAUUUAAUUUGCUCGUGUAUAUAUAUACGAUAUAUGCAGUCCUAUUAAAAAAUGUCCUCUGCUUUUAUAGGCAGGGGUGAAGCUUACUAAUCUGUGACUUGGUCAAUAAUGAAGAGGACUGAACAGAUUUGACAGCAACAAACAUAUUCAGUCCACUUCAGAUUUGAAACUUGAACUAUAGGAGGGAUGUUCAUGAAUGAACUUCUUGUUCUACUCAACUGGUUUAUAGACAAUUAACUUGUUUUCUGCA